AUGGAGGUGUUUCAUGGUUUGUGUAAUCACAUUGGAGCUCAGCGUCUCCUGAUUGUGGUCAGUUUCCAUGUUUUUGACUACCUUUUUGCUCUGUCCUUCACUUUUGCAAUUGAAGAAAUAAAUAGAGACCUUAAAUUAUUACCAAAUACCACUUUGGGAUUCCACAUUUUUGAUUCAUGUUAUUCUAAAGAACGGGCACUUCUGGGUAUCCUGUCAUAUUUAACAGGAAAACAGGACCUGGUUCCAAACUACAGCUGUGACUCUGUUUCCUUAUUACCAGGUAUAAUAGGUGAUACUCCCUCAUCAUCCUCUCUGAUCAUGGCUACAGUACUGGGACUCUACAGAUACCCUCAGGUGAGCUAUGGUUCUUCUGUUUCCUUGUUGAGUGAUAAAUUGAAAUAUCCGUCAUUUAUACGAACUGUUCCAAAUGAUGCAUUCCAAGCUGUUGGUAUAGCUCAGUUGUUGAUUCAUUUUGGUUGGACAUGGGUGGGGAUUCUGGUGUCAGACAAUGAUUAUGGGAUACUGGGUGGUCAGACUCUUCAAACAGAAAUUUUUAAGGCUGGAGGCUGUACAGCAUUUUUUGAAAUGGUCCCCAAGGAUAAAGAAAAGUUUCUCUAUGUUGUUAAUGUGAUUAAACAGUCAUCAGCAAAUGUUGUUGUUGUAUAUUCUACUGGUGAAUAUCUGGUUCCAUUUCUGGAAGCAAUUUCUCUUCAAAAUGUGACAGGAAAGGUCUGGAUCAGUUCUACUGGUUGGCGGAUAUUCACAGAAAUAUCCAGUAUGAGGACUGUCCGAAUGUUGAAUGGUAGUGUUGGAUUCUUCAUCCACAGAGGCAAAAUUCCGGGACUCACAGAGUUUUUGUACAGCAUUCACCCUUUCCCAUCUCCUAAUGAUAUUUUUAUAAGAGAAUUUUGGGAAAGGGUUUUUGGUUGUCAGUGGCUAAAAUCUGAUGGAAAUCAUACAUUAAUAAACUCAAUAACAGACAAAGUUUUACCUUGCACAGGACAUGAGGAUUUAAGAACGCUCAGCAUUUCUGUGUAUGAUGCAUAUAAUUUCACUUACAUGCUUAGUAUAUACAAUGCUGUAUAUGUGGUGGCACAUUCCCUGCAUAACAUGCUUUCCUGUAGAAAUGGUGAAGGACCAUUCCAGAAUGGGCAGUGUGGGAGUAUCCAUGAUUUCCAGCCUUGGAAGCUUCUUCAUUAUGUCAAGAAUGUCAACUUUAAAAAUACUGGAGGAGAAUAUAUGUAUUCUGAUGCAAAUGGUGACCCACCGGCAAGACAGGUACCACAUUCAGUCUGCACCGAAAGUUGUCACCCUGGUUACCAAAAAGUAUCUCGUCGUGGGCAGCCACUCUGUUGCUUUGAUUGUUUAGUUUGCUCCAAGGGAGAAAUAACAAACCAAACGGACGCUGUGAGCUGCACAAAAUGUACAGAGGAUUUCUGGUCCAAUGAUAAGCGGGAUAAGUGCAUUCCAAAAAUCAUAGAAUACUUGUCCUAUGAAGAUCCUAUUGGAGCUUCACUAUUUUUUUGCUCAAGUACUCUAAGUGUUUUGACAGGUUCCAUUCUCUGUAUAUUCAUUAAGUUCAAGGACACUCCAACAGUCAAGGCCAACAACCGCAAACUCAGCUACUUUCUAUUAGCGGCCCUUGCACUCUGCUUCUUGUGUUCACUGCUUUUCAUUGGUCGUCCCAUGAAGCUGAACUGUAUGUUUCGUCAAGUAGUAUUUGGACUUACAUUCUCCUUUUGUGUGUCAUGUAUAUUAGCCAAAACUGUCACUGUGGUGAUUGCUUUUAAUGCCACAAGGCCAGGCAGCAGGUUAAGGAUCUGGGUAGGAUCCAGAGUAUCGACUUCUAUUGUAAUUUUUGGAUCACUUGUUCAGAUGACCAUAUGUUUUACUUGGUUAUACAUAUCUACUCCAUUCCCAGAAUUCAACAAGACCUUAGAAGAUGGAAAGAUAAUCAUUGAAUGUAAUGAAAGUUCAGUGUUUGCCUUUUGGACAAUGCUGGGAUUCUUAGGCUUAUUAGCUAUUGUUUCUUUUGUGGUUGCCUUCCUAGCCAGGAACUUACCUGGUAGCUUCAAUGAGGCCGAGUACAUUACCUUUAGCAUGCUGAUAUUUGUCAGUGUCUGGCUGUCAUUUAUCCCUGCAUACCUGAGCACCAGGGGGAAGUACAUGGCGGCUGUGGAAAUUUUUGCCAUCUUGGCUUCUAGUGCUGGAAUGCUCAGCUGUAUAUUCUUACCCAAGUGUUACAUUAUAAUACUGAGGCCAGAACUGAACACCAGGGGAUACUUGGUAGGAAAACGUGAUUCACAAAAGUAUAUCAAGCAAUAA